UGCACAGUGACUUCCUCAUUGGUGCGCUCAGUUUUCGUUCCCGCGUCUCCACUGAUACCAUGCCGCUCAAUUGACGGGCCAGGUUCCGACGUCGCGGAUGCCAUGAACAUCAAAUUCAACUUCUUUGUUCCUAAAUCGACUACGAUUCUGCCUCCUUCGCUCGGUGAUCUGCUACUUGUUCGCGGCUCUUUCAUCCCUCGCAUUGUCAAUGGGGAGUUUAUCGCCACCUCCUCCCUCUCCUCCUUGACUGUGUUGCUCAGCAACAAUCCGGGGAAGGACAUGCGUCCCGUUACUGACACCAACGCUUUUUUCGACUUCACGGGCUUGUGUACUGCCACUGGCGAUCGUUGGUUCACAUUGGCCACUGGCGCAUACCAGGCUGUGUCCAAAUCCGUCCUUAACUUUUCUGUCACCAUUCUCAUUCCGUCUACCACGCGAUGGAAAAACUUCUACUAUCCACCCACUGCGACUCCUUUGGAAGACAUCGGGUACUUACGCUCCUCCGCUUCCACUUCUUCUGCCACUGCCCCGCACAAAAAAAGGAGCCUGUUUAAUCGAGAACCCGCGACUUCCGCUGAUGACGUCACUACCACAUCCGUGCUUAGUCCCAAGGAUUGGGAAGACGAUCAUGACAAUGACGAUGCGGAGAGCAGCAACAAACGCAUUAAGUGCUAA